AUGGCAGACCCCAAUCCCCAAUCGAAUGACCAACAGGACAAGAGAGAUCAACCUUUGGGUUUGCCCGAACCUCCUUCUGGUGGCAUUCAACUUGAUGUCAACUCUGGCGAAGGCGUAGCUCUUGAUCACCUUGGCCCUAUGGUCGUCAACAAGGAUGGCACAAUCUCUAGAAUCACCAAUUGGGACAAGAUGGCCGAGAUUGAGAAAAAGAACACUUUGAGGAUUUUGCAAAAGAGGAACAAGCAGCGUCUGGAUGCUCUCAAACAAGCCAACCUGGACACUUCACAAGAUGCAAACAAGUCAUGA